CCAUGCACGGCGCCACAAGCCCUCCCGGGGAUUCCACCAAAACCCACCUAGUGCUGAUAUCUCUGUCACGGUCAAUGCGAUGCGGCCCAAUCUCCCCUUCCCAGUUUGAUAUAUAAUUGCCCUACUUCUUGCAUGAACUAUGAGCUGAUCAACACGACGUUUAGCCUCCUCGGAGUGUACUCUUGUCACACCAAUCUCUGACAUAGAUUAAGAGAUGAGGGAGUACCAGCGGACCUCGUACGAUGCUGUACCAGUCGAGGAACAAUUUCCAGAUCCGUCUCCAGUGAUAGUCUCGCCGCUGCAUCCUGCAACAAUCGAAAGUCCUGCGGUCGAGGAAAAAGAGCCAAACAAGCUCCAGCCACAGCCUCUCGAGACUUCUUCAGUGUACCGGCAUCUACGUCUAGCCUUUGACAUCAUCGUUGGAUCCAUAGCUCUUCUUUUCACCAUAUUUGGUAUCUGGGUAUAUCGGCUCGAUGGACAUCCUGCCGGUCCGGGGUCGACAGGCUCGAAGCUGUACAACGUCUCGCAAUACGCGCCCACCAUCUUCCCAGUCCUCUUCGCCGCCGUCGCCGGUGGUAGCAUGAAGAGCAUCGCCUCGUGGCGCAUUCAGACCCGUCGAGGGGCGACCGUCGGACUAUUGGAGCAAUGUCUCGGAAGCCAGACGAUCUCGGGUGCCUUGCUCACCCAGAUAAGGUUAGGAAUGCUGAACGUCUUUGCCGUCUUGACCAUUGUAUUGUGGUGUCUGUCGCCAUUAGGCAGUCAGGCAUCUCUGAGGGUAAUCUCCAUCGUGGCAAGCUACCCGAGUAGUCCGAUCAAUCUGACUACGAUGAAUACCUUCACCGCGUACGGGUACGGUUAUGCAGAAGGGAGGUCGGAAGCUGUAACGGCGGUAGCGGACCCAGUCAUUGCUUCCAUCAUGGCGGCAUCGCUCUUGGGAACCCGCAACCAAGAUCUCUGGGGUAACGUCCGCUUCCCUGCGAUUGAGAAGAAUACCAAUAGCGAAUGGAUGGAUAUUCUCCAGACGAACAAUCUGUCGUACGCCUCGCUGGUCGGCACCCCAGUGAAUAAUAUGGCUAGUUCAGGCAACACGUCCUUCACCCUUCCCGGUUCAUACCUAUCUGUCUCCUGCUCGAAGUUCGGCAUAUCAAACGAGACCAAAUUCAUCAAUUACACGAGUUCAGAUGCCCCAACUCCUAACAACGGCGUCGACUGCACCUGGGCAAGCAGCAAAGGUGGCACGCAGUAUCAAAUUGCCAUUUCCAAGCCCUGUUCGGGGGUUUCCGCGUCGAUGGCUUCCGGGACUCGUCCGGCCCGAAAGCUCAUAUGGGAAUCACAGGUGGAAUAUACGUCGGGGGACAAUGAGGAUGCUGGGUGGACCCUAGCCGAGUGCGAUCUUACCACCACCUACGUCGAUGCAAAUGUAUCAUGCACCGGAAGUACGUCUGGGAGUUCAUCCGCAAGCACUUGCAACCUGUCUUCGGUCCGCCGCUCGCCGACCCCUCAAUAUAAUCACAACUGGACCGUUUUUGAUUUUGACAACGUAGCCGCUCAAUCCGUUCUGACCCUUCUCACGGGACUAUUUCCCUACUCCCAACUUUCUGGGGGGUACCAACCCAUAGUCGCCUAUCUCGCGGAUCCAUAUCAUGCCGUGAUAGGCACCACCCUCAUGCCAACAUACACCGUUGGCCGGGAGGUGUUUGAGAUCCGUCUGGCCCAGCUCCUCAACCCAGUUCUUUACAUUGGGAUUGGUGCGCCGGCCUUUACCGGGUCUUACAAUGCGUCCCUUUCGCCGUGGGCAGCGAGCACCCUAAAAAUAGGUGCCAAUGCCACCAUUCAACAAGACGUGGUCCAAUGCAGCCGUGCCUGGCUUGGCGUGCUCAUUCUCGCGUCGGUGACGAUCUUCAUGUGUGCCAUCGUCGGCGCAGUUCUGCGCUUCAUCACGCUCAUGCCCGAUGUUUUGGGGUCGAUAUCGGUUGCUUUUCUGCAUAAUAGGACCACGGAUGUACCCGGGUCUUCUACAUGGUCGUCGGAUGAGUGGGCGAAGAAUACACGAGACAAAACCUUAUACUUGGGAGAUGUUGAGCCGGGGGCUGAGGUGGGCUGCAUUGCGCUGGCCACCUCGGCGGAGGAUGUGGACGUUCAUCCUGUAAAGGGUAGAUAUUAUGUAUAAGAGCUCUUCCCCAGAUGAUGAAAUAGAUAGCACUUGCAGCCAUUGAUUAGAAAAGAG